AUGCUGCACUGGAUAAACGCCACCAAGAACGGCGAAUACGACGCUGCCCGUGCGGAAUUCACGUUUAACGAUUGGGAAGAUGGCAACCUUGUAUCACGUGCUUUAAAUCCGAGGACGGGUGCCACCCGAACAAUUCAGGGUGCGAUCGCGGCAGUGUCCCCGAAUGCCCCACUCGCGAUUGGGCUCAACUACGGACGGAUGGCACACUGCCGUGCUGUCGUCGGCUACGCUACACACACUCAAUCCAGCGAGGUUAUAGCACAACCGGAGGACGACGGCUUAUAUCAACUCAACCUCCAAGACGGGAGUUCUAAACUUGUUCUCUCUAUCGCGGAUGUCAUCCGAGCAAGCGGAGACGAACGGAUGGUAGGCAAACGGAGCUGGUUCAAUCACGUUCUAUUUAAUACAGAUGGAACACGACUUCUAUUCUUCUGUCGCGUCCGUCGAGAAACAGGGCACUGCACCUCGCUCUGGACAGUAAACCCUGACGGCUCCGAUUUGGAAAUGCAAAUCCCAUUCGACUACCGAGUGUCUCAUUUCGACUGGCGGACCCCUACGCGAAUUCUUGUCUCUUCAGACAUAUCCGGUGAGAUGGGGUUUGUUGAAUUCAGCGAUGGGGUCCGCGAUUUCACGCCAAUCGGACGUGGUGUCUUGCCGAGCGAUGGACACGCUUCAUUCUCACCAGAGCGCGAGUGGUUGCUUUGUGAUACGUACCCUCGCGGUCCAGAACGUUUGGCACAACUUAUGGUUUACAAUAUCGCUGAAAAUCGAAAGAUUAUUUUGGGCGAAUUCCAUCACGAAGAGCAGUUUGUUGGAGAUAUCCGAUGUGAUCUACAUCCACGCUGGGCACCUGAUGGAAAAACGAUUACUUUCGACUCGGUCCAUGAAGGCUCCCGACAGGAGCAUCGCGAGGCUGUCGUUUUGACAACGGUUCCGGCAUGGAAGGUCGUUAAUGGCAUCGAUAUAAAGACGCAACACCCUAUCUACGUUGAGGGCAACACGCAGGCAGAUAUGGCUGCGCUCGCAGAGGCGUGUAAGGGGGAAGUGGUUUACGGUAUCGGUGGAGGGUUAGCAAUUGAUACUGCCAAAUAUGUUGCUGCUGCCAAAGGGCUGCCACUCGUUGCACUCCCUACCAUUCUAUCAACUGAUGCUUUUCUUACGGAUGCGACAGGCAUUAGAGAAAAUGGGUGUGUCCAUUAUCUUCCGUCAAAAGCACCGGACACUGUUAUUGUAGAUAUGGAUGUCUUGUGCAACGCCCCUGUCUCAAUGCGGGCAAGCGGUGCUGCGGAUGUCCUCUCAAUCGCGACAGCACUCUGGGAUUGGCAGGAAGCGGAGAAGAUGGGUGAAAACCCAUCAAACCAACAACUAACACCACAAGCGGUUGGCAUAGCAGGCACCCUCCUCCAAACGCUUCUGGAUAACGCACGGGAAAUCGGUCGCGGGACCCCAACCGGUUUGAAACUUCUACUCGACCUGCUCUGUAUGGAGGUCCAACUCUGCUAUCAAUGCGGACAUAGUCGUGUUGAAGAGGGAAGCGAACAUUACUUUGUCUAUGCAAUUGAGAACCAUUUGACACUCACUGAAGCCGGAUACCCCGAUGGCGAGACUACAAAUGGAGCUCCUCUUUUACACGGUGAAUUGGUAGGGCUCGGUAUCCUCCUGAUGGCUGCAUUGCAAUCGCAACCUUGGACGCAGUACCGUCACGCGUUGGAGUGUUUGCAGAUCAACUAUCUUCCGUCGGCUGUUGCCCGUGAUACAAUUACCGAAACGCUUAUUAACCUAUCCGAUUACGUCGCGCAACACCAACUCCCACAUACCGUCGCGACAUCUUUACGGAUCACUCCUGAUAUUGCCGAACGGACGAUACAAACCAUAUUAGAUUAA